AUGAAAGUUGCGGUCAUUGGAGGCGGGCCAUCGGGUCUCGUUACCCUCAAAUACUUGCUGGCCGCACACCACUUCCAGCCGGUCGACCCGAUCGAAGUACAGCUGUUUGAAUCAGAAGAUCGAGUGGGAGGCACCUUUUCCUACCGCACCUACGAUAAGGCCGAGCUCGUCUCGUCCGCCCAGUUGACCACUUUCUCUGACUAUCGCUGGCACGACAAAUCCGUCGACUAUCUGUCUGCAGUGGAGUACGUUGAGUACCUGGAGGGAUACUGUGAUCGGUUCGGGCUCUGGCCACAUAUCCACCUCUUGACACAGGUCGAGAAGGUCGAACGGACGGCCAAGGGGGGACACCGAGUCACUGUCUCACACGGAGGGCAGACACGGACCUGGGACUGCGAUGCCGUCGCGGUGUGCUCCGGACUGCACGUCAAGCCCAAUGUACCGUCCAUCCCCGGGCUGGACCGCGUGCCGGUGGUCUUUCACUCGUCCGAAUACAAACAUGUGCGGCAGCUGGGCCAGAAUACUAAUGUGAUGGUGCUAGGGACUGGGGAGACGGGGAUGGACAUCGCAUACUUCUCGGUGACGGCUGACUCGACCAAAUCCACGACUGUAUGUCACCGCAAUGGAUUCGUGAUUGGGCCCAAGAGAUUGCCUGAGAUCAAACUGUUCGGCCGGGUAAUCUGCAAGACGCCCGGGAAGGCCCUUCCUGUUGAUCUCAGUCGGCCCUACCUCUUCGUGAACUCGUAUGUCCACCGCAAGGUCCGUGGAGCCCUUCAGACCAAGCUGUCCCGAUGGACAGUCAAGGCUGGCUCCUGGCUGGUGACUGGGACCACCCGGGGGUUCGAUCAAUGGGUCGGCAGUCUGUCGAAGGAGAAAUAUGAUGAAUCCCAUUACUUCUAUUGCAAGUCCACCAAGGCCAUGCCGUACAUCAGUGCUCCCUACCGAUCGAGCAGCUGGGUCCACCGUCUGCGAUCCAACAUCGUUCAGGCCGUCCUGCCCGAUACAGGGUCCCGGAAGAUUGACCUGGCGCCCUGGCCCAAGUAUAUCGAUGAGGACGGGGUGGUGCACUUCGAGAAGACCAGCCGCCCGGAGAGCAAGGUAUUACUUCAGGAGCGGCGCUGCAAGCCCGAUGUGCUGGUGCUGGCGACUGGGUACACUCAGUCAUUUCCCUUCCUGAGCUCAGAGUAUUGCACUCCCGAUCACGCCGAUCAGCGCGGCAUCUGGCGGACGGGCGAUGCAUCCGUCGGCUACAUUGGCUUUGUGCGGCCCAGCUUCGGUGCUAUUCCACCCCUGGCUGAGAUGCAAGCCCAGGUCUGGGUGUUGGAACUCAUUGACCGUCUGCCCGGUCCUCUGGUCGCGGACGAUUCCUAUCGUCUUUUCAGCAACCCAAGCGGCCGCAUUGGAUAUGGAGUCGACCACGAUCUGUUUGCCCACCGACUGGCUUUGGAUAUCGGUGCGGCCCCCUCGUUCUUCCAAGCCCUCGCCCAUGGGUGGAAGGUGAUCGUGUUCUGGGCCAUGGGGGGCACUCUGAACACCAAGUUUCGUCUGGCCGGUCCGUGGGCAUGGUCCGGUGCGCCAAGAAUCAUCCGUGAUGAGCUUCUGGACACUGUCACGGGUCGGAGAUCGACCAUCGGUAAGUGCUACCCGCGCUACCCACGCUGA